AUGUUUGAACAACAUGGAGGAUUCACAGCCUUCUACGCUAAUAGCACUCCUGAAACAGAGUCUCACUCAACUGAAGACCUGAUCGAUAAGAUGCUCAGAGCUGAAAAAGAUGCUUAUGAUGAGAAGUUUUCCUUAGGGAUGUUGAUGCUGAUAGAGUCUCUGCUCUUUGGGAGAUACAAGGAGUACAAGUUUCCGAGAAGUUUCAUAGAGAGAGCGCAAGACAUGAACACUCUGAUGAACUAUCAUUGGGGGAGGGAAGCGUAUGAGUUGCUCUUGUCAUCAAUCAAGUCAAGGGUGCCUUCGCAUUUGGAUAAAGCGAAGUAUGUUGUACAGGGUUACCCUUUUGCCUUCCACUUGUGGUUGCUAGAGUCGGUCCCAAUGCUACAGACUGCCUUCUCAACAGUCAGCAACAGUAUUUUGUCCUCUGCCUUCUUAUGUGAGAAGUACCUUUACACAACAUCUCCUUUAAUAAACCAAGUUCUCACCAUAGAAGGAUCACCUGAUGUGAUCUUCAAAUUGCCUGCUAUAUCAGGUGAUGCUGAGGAUACAGUCUGCAUGGAAGACGAAGAUGAUCCUGACCUUGAAGAACUUGCUGAAAGGCUACUCCCUGAGCUUAGCAGAUUAGUUGAUGCGCUAGAGUCCAUUUGCUUGAACUCUGUCACGAUUCAUAAUGCUGAGAGUUUCGAAGCUUCAUGUUCAGCUUUUAAUAUGAGGGCAGAGAUACCAUCUUCUUCGCAUUCAAUGAUUAUGGCAAAGCUGGACAGUAUCAUUCUAAUGGUUAAAGAAGGUAACCUUAGGAUCUUUGAUCAAUUGCAUAAGAUAGAAGAGAAGCUCGAAAUAGAUUGGGAAGAUGAAGUUACC